AUGGGAAUACCAGAGGCCCGUGUCACGCAGACAGUCGACUCUGUUCCUACCAAUGCAUGUCGCUCAAAAUUGAGGUCCUCUGACCACGGGAAUUCGAAGAGCUUGACAGGUUCUCUUCACAAUACUGCCACCACCACCACCACCACCACCACCACCACCAACCACUACCACUACCAUCAUCCCCCUCACCAUCACCAUCACCAUCACCACUACAAUCACGACCGCGAUAUCGUCUCUAUCACGCCAGCCAAACAGGCCACUGCUGCAUCUCAUAACAGAUCAGUCUUCCCCUUGAUGACUCGGGACUGCUCAUCGUGCGACUUGCGCUCAGUACCCGGUACGCAACAGCACAGUAAGGAAACUCCGGAUCAAUGCCAAGACGGCCAGCUACGUUUUCCAGUCACGAAGCGAGGCCAGAAGAAUAGCCAAAUGCUGGCUUAA